UGCGGAAUAGCGCGGCCGCCGCUCGCUGUCCGCGGGCUGGGGGCGGACGGACCCGACCGCUGGCAAUUCCCCAUUGAUGUCCAUGAAUGCAAACACCAUGAUUUUCAUGAUCCUGGGCGCCUCUAUCGUUAUGGCAAUAGCUUGCUUGAUGGACAUGAAUGCGUUGUUGGACCGAUUUCACAAUUACAUUCUACCGCAUCUGAGGGGGGAAGACCGAGUUUGUCACUGCAACUGUGGAAGGCAUCAUGUCCAUUAUGUUAUUCCGUAUGAUGGGGAUCAGUCAGUGGUGGACUCCUCGGAGAAUUACUUUGUGACUGACAAUGUAACCAAGCAAGAGAUUGAUCUGAUGCUGGGACUUUUGCUGGGCUUUUGUAUAAGCUGGUUUCUGGUAUGGAUGGAUGGGGUUCUCCAUUAUGCAGUGCGAGCCUGGAGAACUAGCCGACGGUAUGACAAUUCCUGGUCUUGGAUUCCAAAAUUUUGUAACUUAAAGGAGUUCAGGAAACGUCACCACAGGCAGUACGAGGAGGCGACUGGGAACAUGGUGCACAUCAAACAGAAGCUGUACCAUAAUGGGCACCCUAGCCCCCGGCACCUCUGAGGAAUGCCUUCCCCUCCAGAGACUACACUGAGAUUUUAAAAAGGACUUUGCUCUUCUUCCAGGGGAACAGCUGUGAUUUGCUCCUCUGUGGAAGCCAGUGGAGGACACAAUUUUAUUUAUCCAUCCUGUGUGUCCCUGUGGCACACCAUGAUGCACAACUAAGCCAAUCCUGGAUGCUACGCAGCCAAGACAUUGCACUGUGUUCCACAUUUUGUCAGACUUGUGUAUAUAUAUAUGUAAAAAGCAAGCAAGCAAACAAACAAAACAAAAAAGAGAAGAGAGAUUUGAAUUAUACUUUCAAACCCUUUUUUGUGGCAUUCAUGGCUGUCCUGCACAUCCAGCUACUCUCCGGGAAUCUUGCCCAAGGGUGCAGAGGUGGGACCACGUGCAGAAGAUGUAGUGUUCCUCACCUGAAAGCUAGAAGCCUCCUAUUUCUUUGGUCCUUUGGUUUGGUUUUGCUCUGCUCUGUUCCCUCCGUUGUUAGGAUGGCUUGACUGGUCACAGUUUGGAUGGAAAAUCCUGUCAGCCUGUUGUGAAAGCACGGUAUCCCUUUUGCUUUGGUCUGUGUUUUUGGGAGCCACAGUGGGGGAAUGAAGUCCUGGAAAUAAAUAAGUCCUGAUUUGUU